AUGGUGGGCCGUCUGUCCCUUGCAGGCCAGGCUGGGAAGCUGAUGUACGUGAUGCAUAACUCCGAGUACCCCCUGAGCUGUUUUGCCCUUUUUGAGAAUGGGCCUUGCCUUAUUGCUGACACCAACUUCGAUGUGCUCAUGGUGAAGCUCAAGGGCUUUUUCCAGAGUGCCAAAGCCAGCAAGAUUGAGACCCGGGGUACUUGCUACCAGUACUGUGACUUCCUGGUGAAGGAGGGCACAGUCACAAUGGGUCCCAGUGCCCAUGGCAUCUCUGUGGAGGUAAGACCUUGGGGAAGGACAAGCAGAAUAUGCUAUGGGCUGCACAGUAAGGGUUCUGGAAGUUUUCCCACCCCAC